UCAUGGUCAAUAUCUUCCAGCUUCAGCUGGCUGGAUAGCUUCCCUCAGUAUCAUUGAUUGAUGAAGCGCUUUGCUAAAAGGUUCCCACUUCCAUGUAUAUUCGGCCCUGCCUCCUGGCUUGUCGGGUUCCCAGCCUUGGAACAGUGACCCCAGCUUCCGGCCGGUGGUUUCCGUAUGGCGUAAGUACCGAUGGUCGAGUGGCCCCUCCGUCAAUUGGAAUGGAGUGUCUUCUUUUUCUUUUUUACAAGGAGGGGGUGAAAGCUGAUCAGCGUGGGAUUUUACAAUUUGGGACAUUGAAGCGAAAACUUUUACAGACAAAGAUGCAGAUGUGUGAUGGACAAGAGAAGCAAGCAAAGUUUAUAGGCGUGGAAGAUCCACCUCGAUACAGCUGCUGGAGCUGCACGUCUAUAGUAGCAGAGGCACGCACAGUACGGAGUACUUAGCUAGAUCACAAUACAGAGAGUAUAUAAUAAAUCCCCUUUUGGGUGUGGUUUUGCUUAUUCCUCUGGUCUCGAAGAGUCCGAAGGUAUGUAUGAGUAUCAUCUCCUCGGACUUCGGAGCCUAAAUGACUUUUUCUACUCAUACA